AUGAAACGACUCAAAACACAACGUUCCGAUCAGAGUUAUGAAAUAUUCUCUGAUGACAUUUGUUGCGAAAUUAUUUCCUACAUUGAUGAUUCUAAAUUUCUCAUGCAGACUUGUUCCUUUAUUUCCAAACAGUGGUUAAAUAUUAUUCUAAAUUAUUCUAAAUUUUUGCUUGAAUUUAAGAAGAAAUUAACAAACAAGAUGGAAUCCUUGUUGAAAAGAAGUCAAUUUUUAGAUUGUAUUGUGGGUGUUCAUGUGGAAACAUUCGGAUCAAAGGAUUGUUCAAGGUAUUGUGGAAUAUUUGCAAAGAUGUCUCAGUUGACCAAACUUGAUAUUAGCGGAUUGAAAAUUGGAGAAGAUGGAAUCAAGGCAAUUAGUCAAUUGAAACAAUUAAAAUCUCUUUAUUUGUACGCAGAUGUAGACAGCAAUGCACUCAAUGGGGUUUUUGAAAUGACACAAUUGACUGAGCUGGAUAUUAAUAGAAAACAGUGUCAUAGGUGGAAUGGAGGAUUUAAAAAAUUGAAACAACUAACCAAUCUAAAGAAACUUUGCGCUGUUGGUUGUUGUAUAGACUAUGAAGAUGUGUUUCAAUCGAUUAGUCAACUUGAUCAAUUAACUGAACUUCACAUUGCUUCAAAUAGUUUAUACUCAGAUGGUGCCAAAUUAAUUGGAAAAUUGAAAAAUUUAACCAUUCUAGAUAUUAGCUAUUGUGGUGUUUGCAUUCCACAUAAUGAAGGGUUGGAAUCUAUCAGUGAAUUGAUCAAUCUUACAUAUCUUGAUUGUGCUAACAAUGGCCUUAGGUCAAUUGGGCCUAUUUCAAAGCUGGAAAAUUUAACGUUUCUGAGAGUGUCUCUCAAUAGGAUAUCAUCACUUGAUGAAUCUAUUGUAAAAUUGAAGAAAUUGACCAACUUGGAUGUUGGAUAUAAUUCUAUUAGCGAUCAAUCAGCUGAGGUUUUCAGCUCAAUGAAACAAUUAACUAGUCUCUUUAUUCAAGAAAAUAAUAUUGGUGACAAGAGUGCCAAAUCAAUUAGUGAAAUAUCACAGUUGAAAAAUCUAUGUAUAGAUUCCAAUAUUGUAAGUGACAAAGGUGCCAAAUCAAUUAGUACAAUGGAAAAUUUAACUGAACUCGAUAUUAGAAAUAAUGACAUUGGAGAUGAUGGAGCAAAAUCACUCACUAGAUUGACAAAAUUGAAAACAUUGCGGAUUGCUCAAAACAAUAUUAGUGAGGAAGGAAUGAUGACUCUCAAGAAAUUGAAAUAUUCAACAAAUGUUGUAAUUCACUUUUAA